CACUGAGAUUUGGACCAUGACUCAGUCCCAACUGCAACUGCCUUUUGCAUAUUCGUGAAUCACCGUCACCUCCCUCUUCCUAGCAGCUGGCAAGUUCCCUUAAACAUGUGGGAUUUCAUUGAGUGAGUCAGCUCUGCCCUCCAUCUGCUUCUUUCUUCUCCAUGGAGGGAAAUGUUUUCCCAGCUCCCUCCUGUGACCCUAGCGGCCCUCAGGACUCACCAGGAAAUCCUCAGGUGGAGAGCAGAGAACCAGGAAGUAAGGCCCUGAGGGAGGCAGAAGAGAGUGCCUGGAGUGAAAGUGAAAGACAGCGCCUCAGGAGCCUCCAGCCUCGGCUGCGCUGUGGCUGUGGCUGUGGCUGCAGUGAUUUUCUCCUGGACAGACACAACCUGACACCCGACCCUGGCGGUAGCUGGGCGCCAGGAAAGGCUGCCGGAGGUUGCAACUGUGUUCUGCUACCUCUUGAGAAGCAUGGACUUCAGCACGUGCCUUUACAGUAUCGGGGAGCAGCUGGACAGUGAUGAGCUGGCCUCCCUCAAGUUCCUGAGCCUGGGCCACAUCCCACAGCGGAAGCAGGAGUCCAUCACAGAUGCCUGGAUGCUGUUCCAGAGGCUCCAGGAGAAGAGGGUGCUGGAGGAAGGCAACUUGUCCUUCCUGAAGGAGCUGCUUUUCCAAAUCAACAGGAUGGACCUGCUGGCCACCUACCUGAGCACUACCAGGGAGGAGAUGAAGGAGCAGCUCCAGACCCCCGGCCAGGCCCAGAUCUCCUCCUACAGGGUCAUGCUUCUUCGGAUUGCGGAGGAUGUAACCAGGCAAGAGCUGAGGAAUUUUAAGUUCCUGUUGCACAAGGAGAUCCCCAAGUGUAAGCUGGAUGACAGCAUGAGCUUGCUGGACAUCUUCAUAGAGAUGGAGAAGAGGGACAUCCUCGGGAACGAGAGGUUGGACACCCUGAAGAGACUCUGUGAGCAAGUCAACAAGAGCCUGCUGCAGAUCAUCGUGGAGUACGAGAAGCUGCACAGAGAAGAGAGAAUGAAGCCGGGACAAAGCCCAGACGCGUCUUCAAACGAGGAGGAGCCCAUGACGGUGGACACAUUGGACGUUUCAGAAGGACAGGACGAGUCACAGACACCGGACCAAGUUUACCAAAUGAAAAACAAGCCUCGGGGGUACUGUUUGAUCUUCAAUAAUUAUGAUUUUAGUGAGGCGCGGAAGAAUAUCCCCCACCUUGGCAAAAUGAAGGACAGGAAAGGAACAGACUUCGAUGCAGAGACUUUGGAGGGGACCUUCACUGAGCUUCACUUUGAGACGGUUCCUUGCCAGAACUUCACAGCACAGGCGAUCUGUGACAUGCUGCGGCACUACCAAGGCAUGGACCACCGGGACAGAGACUGCUUCAUCUGCUGUGUCCUCUCCCAUGGAAACAGCGGUGUUGUCUAUGGCACGGAUGGGCAGGAGGUGCCCAUCUCUGAGCUCACCUCUUACUUCACUGGUUCCAAAUGCCCCUCCCUCGCGGGGAAGCCCAAAGUGUUUUUUAUUCAGGCUUGUCAAGGGGAGAGGUGCCAGAAAGCUAUACAUGUGGAGAUGGACUCAGAUAAGUACGAUGCCGACCUACAAGAGGACUUGUCAUACCCAUGGAAAACCAUCCCGGAUGAGGCUGACUUCCUGCUAGGAAUGGCCACUGUGGACAGCUGUGUUUCCUACCGAGACCCCACGCAGGGGACCUGGUACAUCCAGACGCUGUGUGAGAGCCUGAGAAGGAGAUGUCCUCAAGGUAGUGAUAUCCUCACCAUCCUGACAGAAGUGAACAUGGAGGUGGGCAAAAAGAUCAACCCAAAGAACAUGGGCAAACAGAUGCCCCAGCCGACCUUCAGCCUAAGGAAAAAGCUGUUCUUCCCCACUGACUGACGCUGAGGUCCAGAUGUGGAACAAUGCGCUUCUCCAAAGAUCAGUCAGCUGCUGUUUGCACUUAUUUUGGAAGGCGACAAAGGAGAAUGGAGUUUCGUGCUAUAAUAGGAUGUAGGACACAUCAGUAGCUGACUCCGGGAGAACACCAGUACACCCGCCCCUUCCGAGGUGUCCUCUACACUACUUUUUCUUCUAUUUUGCUGGGGUUGAACCAGGACUUCCUGUGUGCCAAGUGAAACCCCGCACUGCUGUUAACAUAUUUGAGAGUAUUAGGUUUGAAAGUGUUGAUUUUUCACAUAAAAACUUUAAAAACCAAGCUGCUCCACAGAUCACUCCGUUCUCAGCCUCGCUGUGCUCAGCCUGCUGCUUUGCAUUACAAGGUUUGGUUUUGCUGCUCCUUGGUGCCCUUUUGUCCUCUCUGU